UUAUUAUUGGUGGCAUUCUAAUUUGUUUAAAGAUUUUCGGAAGAUAGUGUUUUUUUUUGUGUGUAUAAUAAUGGCGUCGCUGCAAAGCUCAGGGAUGUUGACGAAAGAGCAGAUGGUUUAUCUCUUUGAUCGAUUCGAUUACUUGACCUCGCAAUCUGAUGUGAAGAAAAGAAUCUCCGACGCCGUUGAGGACAAACAGGAAGCUGUAGCGGUUACAACUGCAAUUCAAGAAGAGAUAUUCUUGGAGAUGGGAAUUGACCCAGGAUUUGGUAUUGGAUGCUUGGGAAAGCUGAACUCUGCGUUUGAAAACGAUAAAGAGUUGAUGAUUGGUUUCUAUAAGUUUCUCGCUAAGGAGGAGAUGGCGUGUGAAGAAGCUGAGCUUGGUCCAGAUGGGUUUGAACAGAAGAUGGAAGCUCAACGACAGUUACAUGAACAGCAACUGGAGAUGCUAAAGUAUAUGCGUAAGUUUCCACUUGACGACCAAUCUGCAAUCCUUAAAAAGCUCCAGAAGCAACUAGAGAAUGCGGAUUUCGAGCCUGGGGCAUCCCUUUUGUCAGGAGAGCAAUUGGAGGAAGCUGGAAGAAGAAGAGUGUCACCAGUUUUUGGAAGCAGAUAAGCUUCUUGUUUUUCACAGGGCACUCUCCAGUUUGUAAUCUGCAGUCUCUUUUGUCUUUUUCUUUUCACUUCCAUAUACUUCCACCUUUUUACACAAUUGUAAACAAACUUCCACCUUUUUACACAAUUGUAAACAAAUAAUUUGGUUGAACUUUUCA